AUGCGUCCCUUGCUCUCCGCCUCCAACAUCCAACAUCCUUCGGCGGUUCGCUUCAAAGCUCAACGCGUAAUUCUUUUUUAUCCAAUUUUGUGGUGGAUGUAUUGUUAUCUGCCAGGUGUGUGUAGAAGGAGCUUGUCUACUGCUACUAAUACCCUUUUAUUACAUAAGGCCACAUAUCUAAGGUCCCCCUCAGUUGCCUCUGCGUCGCAUUCCUUCCUUACUCCGCAUCGUCCGCGUUAUCAAAGACUCCAAUCAUUUCCCAUUUCUUUUCCGGUCGCACCUUUCACCACAAAACCCUCCCAAUCAAUCUCCUUCCUCGCCAAUACCCGACCUCAGAUGCACCUCCGGUCCUCAGAUAUCCACAACAUGGAUGCCCAGGGUGACCUAAGCGUGAAGCGAAAGCGCAGUACCGCCACCGAUGAUGUCGAGCGCCCUACUAAACACCUCAGAGCUCAGGCCGCGAUCUUGACCCCCGGUGACGGAACUCCUGCCAACGGAACUGUUUAUAAUGUCGAGGAAGAUUCGGAAGAUGCGCCAUCACCAGCUGUCGUUCCUCCCCAGGCAGACUCGCCUGAAUGGCAGGCGACUAUUGAGAAGGUCGUGAAGAGUGCGGUCUCGAUUCACUUCUGUCAGACCUGUUCGUUUGACACCGAGCUCUCGAUGUCGAGCCAAGCCACUGGCUUUGUCGUAGAUGCAGAGCGUGGUUAUAUCUUGACGAAUCGUCAUGUUGUUGGUGCUGGUCCUUUCUGGGGCUACUGUAUAUUUGAUAACCAUGAAGAGUGUGAUGUCAAGCCCGUGUAUCGAGACCCCGUUCACGAUUUUGGUAUUCUACAGUUCGACCCCGCAAAGAUUCGCUACAUGGAACUCACGGAGCUCAAGCUUCAGCCGGACGGAGCACGAGUUGGUGCGGAAAUCCGCGUCGUGGGUAAUGACGCUGGAGAGAAGCUUAGUAUUCUGUCUGGUGUGAUCAGUCGAUUGGACCGGAAUGCGCCUGAAUAUGGCGAGGGUUAUUGUGAUUUUAACACAAACUACAUUCAGGCCGCAGCAGCAGCCAGUGGAGGCAGUUCUGGAAGUCCUGUGGUCAACCUUGCUGGUCAUGCGGUUGCUUUGCAAGCGGGUGGUAGAGCUGAUGGCGCUGCAACGGAUUACUUUUUGCCGCUCGAUCGCCCGCUUCGUGCAUUGGAGUGUAUCCGCCAAGGCAUGCCUGUCACUCGUGGUACAAUUCAGACACAGUGGCUGAUGAGACCCUUUGAUGAAUGUCGUCGUCUUGGUCUGACACCAGAGUGGGAGGCUGCUGUGCGUGCGGCUGCACCUAGUGAAACAAACAUGCUUGCAGCAGAGAUCAUCCUUCCAGAGGGUCCUGGUGAUGGUAAGCUGUUGGAGGGUGAUGUACUUUUGAAGGUGAACGGAGAACUUCUUACACAGUUUGUCCGUCUCGACGAUAUUUUGGACUCCAGCGUCGGCGGCAGUGUUAAGUUGCUCGUGCAAAGAGGCGGUCAGGAUAUCGAGGUUGAGUGUCAAGUGGGAGAUCUUCACGAGAUCACUCCUGAUCGAUUCGUGACUGUCGCUGGUGGCACAUUCCAUGAUCUGUCCUACCAGCAGUCUCGCCUUUAUGCCAUUGCCACCCGUGGAGUUUAUGUCUGUGAAGCGGCAGGCUCUUUCAAAUUGGAAAACGCAAUGGCCGGUUGGAUCAUUGAUUCCAUCGACAAACGGCCGAUCAGUAAUCUCAACGAGUUCGUAGAGGUCAUGAAGAAGAUUCCUGAUCGCACUCGCGUGGUAAUCUCAUACCGCCAGAUCCGUGAUCUCCACACAAAAGCAACUAGCAUCAUCUACGUCGACCGUCAUUGGCAUCCUAAGAUGCGAUUAGCCGUUCGUAACGACGAGUCUGGCAUCUGGGAUUUCUCCGAUGUCGCUGAUGCCAUUCCCGCAGAACCUCCUGUCCCAAUGGAGGCGAACUUCAUUCAGUUAGACGGUAUCAGCCAACCUGCUGCGGCCAAAAUCGUCCGUAGCUUUGUGCGUGUGUCGUGUAUCAUGCCACUGAAGUUGGAUGGAUACCCACAAGCAAAGAAGACUGGAUUUGGUCUGGUCAUCGAUGCCGAGAAGGGUCUGGUCGUGGUCUCACGAGCCAUUGUGCCCUACGAUUUGUGUGAUAUCAACAUCACCGUGGCUGACUCUAUUAUCGUCAGUGCUAAGGUGGUCUUCCUGCACCCCCUUCAGAACUACAGCAUCAUUCAAUAUGACCCCAGCCUCGUCAAGGCUCCGGUCAAGAGCGCCCAGCUCAGCACUGACUAUAUUAAGCAAGGACAAGAUACUAUCUUUGUCGGCUUCAACCAAAAUUACCGCAUUGUCGUGGCUAAAACCACCGUUACCGAUAUCACAACUGUCUCCAUUCCCGCCAAUGCAUCUGCCCCUCGUUACCGUGCAAUCAACUUGGACGCUGUCACUGUGGAUACUGGACUAAGCGCGCAGUGCUCCAACGGUGUGUUGAUCGGCGAUGACGGCGUGGUGCAGGCUCUGUGGCUGAACUACCUUGGUGAGCGCUCUGCCAGCUCUUACAAGGAUAUUGAAUACCACCUUGGUCUUCCCACUCCAUACUUGCUGCCUGUUACGUCUAAGAUCCAACAAGGAGUAACCCCACAAUUACGAAUCCUGAACAUGGAAAGCUAUGUGGUGCAAAUGAGCCAGGCUCGCAUCAUGGGCGUCACACAAGAAUGGAUCAACAAAGUCACAGACGCCAAUCCUUCGCGACACCAGCUGUUCAUGGUGCGCAAGGUUGACAGUCCACCCGCAGGUUCCACCCCGGAUCCUAAGACCAGCUUCCAAGAAGCCGAUAUCAUUCUCACACUUGAUGAUCAGGUCAUCACUCGUGUCUCUGAGCUUGAUGUUAUGUACGAGAAGGAAUAUUUGGAUGCCCUGGUCGUACGUAACGGCGAGGAAAUUCGUAUCCGCGUUCCGACUGUACCGACUCAGGACCUCGAGACAGACCGUGCUCUUGUCUUCUGUGGUGCUGUCUUGCAGAAGCCGCACCAUGCUGUGCGCCAGCAAAUUUCCAAAGUACACAGCGAGAUCUAUGUCAGCGCCAGAAGCCGUGGCUCGCCCGCUUACCAUUACGGUCUUGCACCCACCAACUUCCUCACUGCUGUCAACGGCGUCUCAACCCCAGACCUAGACAGCUUCGUUCGGGAGGUUAGCAAGAUCCCUAAUAACGAGUACUUCCGUAUUCGUGCCGUGACCUUCGAUAAUGUUCCUUGGGUGGUUACCAUGAAGAAGAAUGACCACUAUUUCCCCAUGUCCGAGUAUGUGAAGGAUCCCACCAGCGCAGUUGGCUGGCGUACCAUUUCCCACGAAACCAAGGUCGGCAUCGCUCCUGAUGCCGUGAAUCUGAACCCCGAUGCGAUGAGCGAGGUGGCCGAGGGAGGAGGUAGUGAUAUCGAGCCUGAUAUGGCGUAA